CAUUACAUUACAUUACAUUACAUUUGGCAGACGCUUUUGUCCAAAGCGACUUACAAUAGUCAAGUACAAUGUAAAAUGAGUUUAAAGGUAAAACAUCUUUGGAUAGGGAUAAAAGGAGGUCAAAUGGGAAUAAUAGGAUAGAGGGGAAGAAGGAAAUGAGGUUAGAAGUAGUUAGUGUGUUAGAGGUGUUAAGAGAGUAAGUGCUCUUUGAAGAGCUCUGUCUUCAGGAGUUUCUUAAAGAUAGCGAGUGAUUCUCCUGAUCUGGUAGUGGAAGGUAGUUUGUUACACCAUGGGGGAACUCUGUAUGAGAACAGUCUGGAUUGCUUUGUGUGGAUGUUUGGCAAAGCGAGGCGACGUUCACUGGAGGAGCGCAGCGGCCGGGAGGUAGCGUAAGCCUUCAGGAGCGAGUGCAGGUAGGAAGGAGCCUGUUCUGUCAUCACCUUGUAGGCGAUUGUAAGAGCUUUGAAUUUGAUGCGAGCAUCAACUGGUAGCCAAUGGAGCUCAAUGAGCAGCGGGGUGACAUAUGCCCGUUUUGGCUGGUUGAAGACCAGACGUGCUGCUGCGUUCUGUAUCAUCUGGAGUGGUUUUACUACACAGGCCGGGAGGCCAGUUAGCAGGGCAUUGCAGUAGUCGAGGCGUGAGAUGACGACCGCUUGCACCAGGAGUUGGGUGGCCUGUUGCGUCAAGAACGGUCUAAUUUUUCGGAUGUUAUAGAGCGCAAAGCGGCAGGACCGAGCAACUGAGGCCACAUGGUGCGUGAAGGAGAGUUGGUCAUCAACCAGAACACCCAGGUUCCUAGCAACCUUUGUCGGUGAGAGAGAGAGAGAGAGAGUCGAUACUUAUAGAGAAGUUGUGUUGAAAAGAUGGUUUUGCUGGUAUGACCAGAAGUUCAGUCUUUGAGAGAUUUAAUUGAAGGUGAUGCUCCUUCAUCCAUGAGGAUAUGUCAGAGAGACACUGCGAUAUCCGUGCAGAGAUUGAGUGAUCUUCAGGUGAGAAUGACAGGUAUAGCUGGGUGUCAUCAGCAAAGCAAUGGUAGGAAAAUCCGUGUGAGCGGACAACCUGACCAAGAGAGGUGGUGUAUAUGGAGAAGAGAAGGGGUCCCAUUACCGAACCUUGGGGAACCCCAGUGGAUAAGGAGCGGGCUGAGGACAGCUGUCCUUGCCACGACACCUUGAACGAGCGCCCAGUGAGCCUUCCCCUGGUUUGGCAUGGACAUCGGUGGCACCUUGGUCAAGCUGGUCUACUUCGAGCCCAAGGACAUCACGGCAGAGGAGGAGCAGGAGGAGGUGGAGAACCUGAAGAGCAUCCGCCGCUACCUCACCUCCAACACGGCCUACGGCAAGACGGGCGUGCGGGACGUUCACCUGGAGCUUCGCAACCUCCGAAUCUGCGGCCGCACGGGAACCCUGCACUUCAUCCGCUUCCCCACAGCAGCCAUGCACCGCUUCAUCCAGAUGGGCCGGGACAAGAACUUCUCCAGCCUGCACACCACACUCUGUGCCACAGGGGGCGGAGCCUAUAAGUUUGAGAACGAUUUCAGGACGAUGGCUGACCUGGAGCUGCUGAAGCUGGACGAGUUGGACUGCCUCAUCCAUGGUCUGCUCUAUGUGGACUCUGUGGGCUUUAAUGGCCACCCAGAGUGUUAUUACUUCGAGAACCCAUCCGAUACACACAACUGCAUUAAGCGGCCCUGCUGCCUGGAUAACCCUUUUCCCAUGCUGCUGGUCAACAUUGGCUCAGGGGUCAGCAUCCUGGCUGUUUACUCGCAGGACAACUAUAAACGGGUCACAGGAACUAGUUUGGGUGGAGGGACGUUUCUGGGGCUGUGCUGUUUGCUGACGGGCUGCGAGACGUUUGAGGAGGCUCUGGAAAUGGCCAGUAAAGGGGACAGCACUAAUGCGGACAAACUGGUUCGGGACAUCUACGGAGGAGACUACCAGCGCUUCGGCCUGCAGGGCUCAGCCGUGGCUUCCAGUUUUGGUCACAUGAUGAGUAAGGAGAAGAGGGACAGCAUCUCCAAAGAAGAUCUAGCCCGAGCGACGCUGGUCACAAUCACCAAUAACAUCGGCUCCAUCGCUCGCAUGUGCGCCGUCAAUGAGAAAAUCGAGAGAGUGGUGUUUGUGGGGAAUUUCUUGAGGAUAAACACGGUGUCGACGAAGCUGCUGGCCUAUGCAAUGGACUUCUGGUCCAGGGGACAACUGAGGGCUCUCUUCCUGGAGCAUGAGGGAUACUUUGGAGCGGUCGGUGCAUUCCUGGAGCUCCUGAAGUCGCCCGAGGACCCCUGAGGAAGGGGGAAACCCUCUGCGUGAAGUUUCAAAAGAAGCUGCUGAAAGGUUUUUAUGUGAACCACACCCCCUUCCCCCAACAGGAAUAUAGGAAUUCUGGGAACUACUGGGCGAAGUCCGUUGGGAGAAGCCAUCAUUAAUUUAAAGAACCCUUAAAUCCUGGCCUUUUAUCCUUUUAUUGUAAGAUAAGAUGUUUUUACGAGUAAUUUAGACUCUCUCAGACUAAUAUUUGUGUGCUUUGAGAGGUUUAUUUGUUCUCCGGAUGUUUUAUAAUGUAUAUAAAUGUGUAUAUUGUGUCUAGAGAGAAUUUACUGAUGGCCAAAUCCUGCUGUGAUGAAACCUCCUCCCUCUUUAUGACUGUAUCUAGACCGCGAGCCUCGCUGCACAGAACAAAACCAGUUUUUUUAUUUUUGCUUGCCCUUUUUUUUUUUUUUUUUUUUUUGUUAUUAUUUCAUUUUUUAAUCUCCUGGCAUGUGAUCAUUUCAUGUGGUCCAAACUGGAGUUGAACACUACUACCCAAGGUGUUCGAGUUCAAUGCUCAGGUUUAUGUAUAUAAAUAAGAUUUAAUGUGUAAAAUGUAAUUAUCACAGGUCUGAUUACAUUGGAAUUAAAACCAAUAAUUUAAAAAUAGAGAUGCACAACAGUAUCAAUAUCAUUUCAACAUUAUUUAGAAUCCAAAUCUAUAAUUGUAGAUUUGAUUUCUGCUUUUUAUGCAUUUUUAUGUGUCAUAUCUGUAUCAACAAAAUCGAACAUAAAAAUAUCAGAUAACACCUUUAGAAUUUUCAUAUCUGUACAUCUUUGAUUUAAACUGAACCUUUUGUCCUAUUUGUAGUCCCAUUUAUUGUCAUUAGGUUUGGGCGUAGUGUACACUUCAUGUUUUCAAAAGGGCUUCUUUUAGAGUUCUCAAGUAAAAUAACUUCUGGUUCUAAAUGGAACCCUGACAACCCUAAAAAAAAAAAAACAUAAAAAUCCAUUAGUGGUUCCUCUCAGUGGUGGAAAACAGCAAAAGACCCCUUUAGCUUAAAGAGUUUAGUUUAGUAUAAAAUUAUUGGCUGAAACAAGGUGUUUUUAUCAAUUUUAUCAGAUUAUUGCUUCUUUUUUUGUUUUUGGACAAGUUUAGUAUCAAAUUAUUAUUUAAUAUGAUAAACUGGGACCUAUGGCCACCUCAGUAAGGAAUACGGUCUUUUUUUUUUCUUCUUUCUUUUUUUUGAGCUUUUUUUCUUUGUACUUUUUCUACCCUUCACUUUUCACACUUUCACAUAAUUCACAAACAAGACGUUUGAUUCACAGUGUCAAAUUAUUAAUUCGAGUUACUAGAAACUGAUCUGGUUAGAUGCCACACACAACGCCUUAGGUUUUAUUUUAUUUUAUUUUUUUUUAGAUGAAAGCAGAUGAAAUCUGACCAUGUGUCCACUAGGGCUGCACAGAUGCUAUUUUUCGCACUAUAAGGUGCAGUAUCAGUGAACGUCUAUUUUCUGAUCUAUUUUUGUACAUACAGUGCACAGGAUUAUUAAGUGGAUUUUAAGAGACACUAUAAGAAACUUGUAAUUUAGCAAGGCUUGCCGCUGGGUUGUUAGGGAGGGGAGGGGGGCGAGCAAACGAAGUUAAAUAAAGCUAAGCAAAGUAAACAAAGCUGUAAUUUAAAAAGACUUUUAAAGUCAAAAAACGAGAGCUGGAUGUUAAUCUACACAGAUUUUUCUCCUGAAAACUGUUUUUUGGGCGAGUAAAGCUUCUGCUUCCAUUUAUUUACAGUAACCUUAGAUUACCAAUAUUUUCAAGCACUAAGGCUGGAGCAUUAGCACUAGCGGCUAACCACUCCAGCAGUGCUAGCCGGGGUUAGGGCAGUCUACACGCCGAUAAUACUCACCUCUGAACAGUGAAAGAGCUAACGUGCUUAGCAUAUAAUGCUAAUGCUGCUCCAGCAGUGCUGGAUGGGGUUAGCAGCAGGGAACAGGAAAAUAGCGGUUAGUGGCUAAUGAUAGUGCUACUCCAGCUACUCCAGUAUUUAAGCACAAAUUUUCAACCAGACAUGCUGUUCUGUUCCCCCGUCUGCUCUGCCAAACACACACUCACAGCAUAGAUUUGCUGCUGUUGUUGGCUUUCACACCAUUUAAUCAGACAUCUGUAACUUCUGUUUUAACUCAAGUAAAAAAACAGCUUUCGAUUUCUCAAACUCAACCAGAGCUGCUGCUGAAUGUGAGAAUGAGUCUUUAAGGGAAGCAGACUCAUCCUCUUAAUCCAUCAUCAGAAGAUGGCACUAUUGGCACAGGUAUUAAGGUAUCAACAACAAAUCUUGUUCACUUGUGCUACUUUUACCUGCUGUGUGAAUGUUUGAGUUUAAGUUACUGGUCUCCUGCUAAAAGAAGUGAAGGAAAACAUAGCAGUCUGUUUGUGCAGCCCUGAAAAUCAGUAGACACAAAAAUGGUCUUUUUAAGGGAACAGCUUGACCGCAACUUGCUAAUGUGGCUAACUAUGACUACAAGCUAAUAGCCACUAGUUUGCUCAUUUUUAGCCAUUUGCUUUUAUGCAUUGUUAGCAGCGUUAGCAUUUUUGGUGGGACCAAGCUGCCAUUAGUUUUCUUCCAUGUGCUAAAUGCCAUGCUUGCUAAAACACAUUAAACAGUGCUGAAAUGGCUGUCUGAUCUACAGUACACUUCAUUGCCCUUCCUUCCUCUGCCUUUAAUCUGUCACAGACAUUAGAAAGAGCUCUCUGAUCUGGUGUUUUUACUGGUUUAUUGUAGUUUUUGGUAAACUGCAGCCUGAUGGAGAAAAUUUAUUAGAACUGGAUAAACAUUUAACCUGCCGUUGUUUCUUAUUUCUAGUGAAGUGCCAAAGUGUAGGUAAAGCAUUUACAAAAAGGUCUCCGUUUUGGUUCCUAAAUCAGUUUGAGUUGCUUUUUUUAUGCGUGUGUGUUCAGACAGCAAACAACCUGUGAGAACCUAUAAUGUACAACUGUGAUUAAAAUAUCAUUCAGAGAUUCAGUUAAAUCAGAUUUAAACUAGAUCUAAUCACAGGUUUAGUUUCAUGGCCUUUCAUCUGUGUUUCCGACCUGCCCUGUGCUUGUUCUAUUUUUGUUUCUGUUUUAUUUCCUGAUAAUGGUUGCCUUCGCGGUCUCUGUGUUGCCCAUAUCUGCAGUUUUCUUUUUAUUUAUUUCAUUUUUUCUGGAGGUAUUGCUGUAUUCAAAUUGUUUUAAUCCCACUAUAAUGUAAUUUAUUUUUUUCUGUUCUCCUGAAUAAGCUUUUGAUUUUUGUUUUUUGUUUUUUUGUUUUGUAUUCAAUCCGUUUUAUUUAUGUUUUGAGAUUACUCUGGCAUUAUACACACACACACACAAUAUACAGCUCUGGAAAACAUUAAGAGAGCACUUCAGUUUCUGAAUCAGUUUCUCUAAACUUGCUAUUUACAGAGGUAUAAGUUUGAGUAAAAUGAAUAUUGUUUUAUUCUAUAAACUAUGGACAACAUUUCUACCAAAUUCCAAAUAAAAAUAUUGUCAUGUAAAGCAUUUAUUUGCAGAAAACGAGAAAUGGCUAAAAUAACAAAAAUAUGCAGAACUUUCAGACCUCAAAUAAUGCAAACAAACCAGUUCAUAUUCAUAAAGUUUUAAGUGUUCAGCAAUCAAUAUUUGCUGGAACAACCCUGGUUUUUAAUAACAUCUUUGGUUUUCAUGCAUCUUUGCAUGUUCUCCUCCACCAGUCUUACACACUGCUUUUGGAUAACUUAAUGCCACUCCUAGUGCAGAAAUUCAAGCAGUUCAGAUUUAGUUACAUGGCCAUCUUCCUCUUGAUUAUAUUUCAGAGAUUUUCAAUUUGGUAAAAUCAAAGAAACUCAUCAUUUUUAAGUGGUCUCUCUUUUUUUUCCCAGAGCUGUAUAUAUAGAAGUGCUAAGUAGAGAUGGUAACUCUAUCCGACAGACAGGAAGUCUGUUUUCCCCCAUUGCCUUUCACUAUAUGUACAAUUGUUUGUUUGUUUUAUUUAAAUUUUUACGUGAGUUUUCAUAUUGUGUGUUUUGAAUUUGCAUGUGUGCACUUAAGGGACAAAUCUUUGAUAAUGUUAAAUGUGUUCUAUGUUGAAAGAAGUUGACGUUUGGUUGAUCUUACCUUAGCUAGCAUUAAGUGACUGCACUAAAAAUCACUGUUCAUGAUUCAUGAUGGUUCAAUAUUGAAAUUCUUGAUAAUCUUGCUAGUAGGCUUUUGCUGAUCUAAACUGACCUUUCAUAGUCAAGGUGUGUGAAAAUCUGGCCAGCCAAAUAUAAAUAUAUAUAUAUAUAUACACUAUGCUGACCAAGAACCAAGCAAGUUAAUCCAUCAAACUUGAAGAACAACAUAGCCUAUGCAAAAGACGAGCUUUCAAACCAUCUUAACAAGUUUGACCAGCUUGACCAGACUGGGAUUUCUAAGGGAAGCACAUGCUUUUUUGUUCUUGGUUUGUUUCUCCUAUUAUGCUACACCUGACCUAAUGUUGUGUCACUUCAUUGAUGAGAAACCCUGCCCUCAUGAGGAACUGGGGGAUGGAUACUAUGGUAAAGUGGGCCUUUUUAACUGUGUCCUUCCAGUAGUAGUAGGUUAUGCUAGGUUAUGUAUAUUUAAUAUAACAGUGCCAUCUACUGUCAAUUGUUUUAUGUAAUAUCCUCUUAAUAAGAGUGCCUGCUAGUAACAGUAACGUAAAUAUGAAUGUUGUGUCUGAGGGCUAAAAUCAGGUGUAUCUGAAAGUGGCUUAAACAUCAGUUUAGACCAAUAGAAUCAAGGCAAUAACAAGAUAGAUAAAACCAUUGGAAAACUUUCAGAGUUAACAAGAUAGCUUGACUACUCGAACCUCUCUCUGGUCUGGUCUGUUCUGGUCUGAUCAUCUCUCAUUAACCUUAGGUAAGUUCAGUCAGCCAAACUACCAAACUGAUCUAAUCACUGAUGCAACGUUUUAAAAUUAUGCAGAGAGGAACAUUUCUUGGGGAUGUACUUUUUACGAAUUUUUUAAAUCUAUAUAGAAGUUCUGUUGAUUCCUGCUGAAUUUUGAAGAUUACUGACACUGUUUUUCAAUAUUCUCUUCUGGUGUUCUCACUAAUCUGAUCAGCCUUUGUGCUAUUCAACUGUAAAUAAGUGUAAAUAUUUUAAGUCAUUGUUUUUGGCCUUUCAGAACAUGUAACAUGAAGGCAAUGUAUACGGAGUAAGCUUUCCCAAACAAAGUAUAAUCUUUUGGGUUAAAUGGGUACGAUGUGUGUUUUCUUUCAAGAACAAAUUUAAAAGAAAACAACGCAUAAUAAAGAAAUUAACAAAAGGACUAAA